AUUUCUUCAGGUCCGACAGAAAAGGUCUCGGAAAAAAAAUUCCAGCUUUUUGAAUUUUUUUUAUUAUUUUUUUUUAUUGAAAUAUAUAUAUUUUUUCAAUUGUUGAAAUUGAGCACAAAAACGAAUUUUUUCUUCCAAAAAUGGGUACCGGACGGUCAAAGCCUGCAGCUGCAAAAGCGCCCGAUCGUGCAUUUCAAAUAUUCUUGGAAAUAUUCAAGAAUACCCAUUGCUAUCUAGACGAUCAUGAUAUUAAGCAGAAUGCUCUUAUGACUUGGCAAGCUAUGUCUCCAUCGCAGAAGAGCCAAUUCCUGAAUUUUGAGGGAACGGCUCAUGCACCCAUCACGAGGGAGCCUUUACCCAAAAAAUCAAAAGCAACGCGCAAAAAAUCAGUUCCAGUUGCUAAAGCAAGGACUAGGGCAAAGCCGAAGGCCAAGCCGAAGCCCACACCGAAGCCGAAGACUGCAGCUGGCAGCAAGUCGUUGAAGUCCACCAAGAAGCCGAAGAAGGCUAUCAAUUCCACAACAAAGGAAAAGGUAAAGGCUCGCAGCACUCGUAAGACCAAGCCCAAGGUAGCUGAGCCUGCUCCAGAAGCAGAAUAACCUGGCUAACGAUCUCGUAUGUCAACAUUUUCUGCUUGGUUUGCCGUUCCCGUUCCCUAUGCACAAGUUUCCAGGAAACGAACAACAAAAAAACAAAAAAUGUUUGGAUAAUUAGUUUAGUUUAGCGUAGCUAGUUUGGUUAAUUAGUUUGGAUAGUUUAGUUAGGUAGCCAAUUGGAUCUAUAGUCUCCCCGUAAAUCGGUAAUCUAAAUUCUGGUGUUUUCUUUUUUUUUCGUAUCGUGUGUGGGGCUCAAUCAUACAUAUAUUUUUUUCGUCGUAAAUGCAACGUAAUUUGACAUACACUGACUUAACCUGAACUAACCUGACAUAAGCUGACGUUAUCCUGACAUAACUAUGACAUAUGUAAUAUUAUUACAUAAAAUAAUAAUAAUAAUAAUAAUAAUGAUGCAUCCAAA